CUGCUCAUUCCCUCGCAACUUCUCGAGACAGCGUCGAAGAGAUGAGCAGAUCCAACGCGGUGGGUCUCGACGCGCCCGAGGACUCGCCGGAACCACAAUGGGAAAUCGACAUGGACGGCGAAGAGGAUUCGGAUGUUGAUGUGCGACUGGACGCCGAGUCCGACAAGAGCGAGGCGGAGGAGGAGCUGGAGAGAUUGGUGUUUGGCGAUGCGGCGGGUUUUCGAAAGAACUUGAAGGAGCUGGCUCGAGGGAAUGUGGAUGAAGACGUUCUCGUCGAAGGAACCACCGGUCUCGAAGGACUGGACGAUGCAGAUCUGUUCAUUACCGACCUUGACCCUACGACGGAUGGCCUCCUGCCCCCAACUACUACCAAAGAGGAGGAGGACACUACCCUUCGAUCUCGUCAUCCUCCAGCCUGGGAAGAUAGCGACGACGAGCGCUUGACGAUUUCGUUGGCCUCGAUUCCACGACUUCGCAAGCUUCGCCGAACGGAGGCGGAAGACGUGGUGAGCGGGAAGGAAUACACGAGACGCCUUCGACAGCAGUACGAGCUACUCCACCCUGCCCCCGAGUGGGCAAAACGCGCGAUACACCAGCCUUCGCGAAAGAGGAGGAGACUGUCGGCAAACGGUGCAUCCGAGGACGAAAUUGAUUCGGACGAGGACGUGGAAAUGGACGACGAUCUACCCUCCGCCGCCCCGCUAUCCAAACUCCUCCGCAAUGCAGAAAGCCUUGUACGACAGUCUGGAUCUGGAGCUGGCAAGAAACGAAAACUCCGUCCGGAAGUGAUCGAUAUCCAGCGCACCAAAGACAUCGCCAUGGUUCAGCCUUCUGCAAUCACCUCACUCUCAUUCCACUCGCAAUUACCCCUGUUGCUUUCUUCCGGCCCCUCGUCAACACUCUACCUCCACCACAUUGCUCCUUCGCCCCCGGCUCCUACCCCGAAUCCUUUGUUAACCAGCAUGCACAUCCGUGGCACGCCCCUGGCAACAACAGCAUUCCAUCCACAGGACGAUCGGAUCUUUCUAUCCGCGCGGAGGCGAUACUUUCACAUCUGGAAUCUUAAUACCGGUCGCGUGGAGAAGGUCACUCGAGUUUACGGCCAGCAGCACGAGCAGAGAAGUAUGGAGCGCUUCAAGAUCAGUCCGGACGGGCAAUGCAUGGCUCUUCUAGGUUCGGCGCGGAAAGGAGGAGGUAUCAUCAACAUUCUGGAUGCGGGAAGUUUGCAGUGGAUCUGUCAGGCGAGGAUCGAGAGUCGAGGCGGCAUUGCCGACUUUUGCUGGUGGAGAGACAGUCGUGGGCUGUGCAUUGCGGGAAAGAACGGUGAAGUGACGGAGUGGUCGGUGAGCGAAACGAGAGUCAUCGCUCGCUGGCAGGAUGAAGGCGCGGUGGGAACUACAACGCUCGCACUCGGCGGACAGCACGAGUUCGUCAAGUCGACCAUCGGAACGGAUCGAUGGGUGGUGAUUGGCAGCAGCUCCGGUAUUGUCAACAUCUACGACCGACGAGUCUGGCUCGCUUCUCCCGCCGAUGCAGCAGACCAACCUGUGCCUCUGCAGCCGAAACCUACCCGCGUGCUCGACCACCUGACAACGCCGACAUCGCAUCUCACCUUCUCUCCCGACGGCCAGCUGCUUGCCAUGGCUUCGAGGUGGAAACACGACGCUCUUCGACUCGUACAUCUACCUAGCUGCACGGUCUUCAAGAACUGGCCGACGAGCUCGACGCCGCUCGGAAGGAUUACAAGCGUUGCUUUCGCGAGCGGGGACGUCAUUGGCGGCGAUGUCCAUUGUCUGCUGGCUGUUGCCAACGAGCAAGGGAAGAUUAGGAUGUGGGAGAUACGAUGAAGAUGGCGAGAGGAUUAAUCCAUUAACCCAGACUAGGU